AUGUUUGAGUCUUGUGUUGCCCACCAUUUGCAGAAUGAAGAUGUGAGUGUCAAUCCUCAAGCCAUGCUCAUUCAAGUCUUUGCCCGCCGUUCACAGGGACUUGAGCCCAUGGCAUUGUCCACUGUUCGCAAAAUCCAUGCCGAUCCAAGGCGUUGCCCAUCGUUCGCAGUGGCUCAAGCCAUGCUGAUCCAAGUCGUCGCCCGCCGUUCACAGCCUUCGAUGCAAGUUAAAUCUCUUCUCAGUGGCAAAACCCAGUCCACCUGUGAUGCCAAACAAGCUGCAGAGAUUCCAACCUGGCAUGAGCCACGCAUUCCAUUAUUGUGCCAUGACCUGAAAGUAGCCACCUGCACCAACACCGAUAGUUACUUCUGUCUCAGCAAUAACAUGGUCAAGGCGAAGAAAUUGAUGGAGCAGCAUGCAUAUAUAUAUGCAUUGAGUUUUGAUCCUCUAACUAACAUUUUCAUCAACAGUCAAAUGAUGAUGCUUCGCCAGUAG